AGAGAGAGAGAGCGGGCAAGAGGAGGACACCGCCUGAGGAUUUUCCAUGCUGCUUUAGGGGAGGAGCCAUUUGUGUAAUGCGCCGCGCACAGCGAGUUGCUGUGAAAAGGAGGCCUAAAAGUACUCGAGUACAAUCCAGAGGAAGAAGAAAGCUGUCCAUGAAUCAGCUUCGGUGAUGUUCCCUUAGUGACGGAGGUCACCUCCUUUUGGUCAUCACCAUCGCUCCCUUUCUUACUUUGCCGCUCCAGCCGCCGAGCAUGAAGAGGCCCAAGCAGCAGACGGGGGGGCCGCUCAGCUUCCUCAACUUCUUCAGCCGAAAGCCCAAAUCGGAAGCGCGGCCUGAAAAACCCGCUGAGGCUCGGCCCAAAGAGGAGGUGGCCAUUACGCUCACCCUCAGCCAACAGCUGCCGCACCAGGAUCAGGCGACCAAAGACUCUGACGAUUGGAGACUCUCGGGAGCAGAAAGCAGCAACGGUGGUGCCGCGCACGCGGAGGACUGCGCCGCAGCGGCGUCGACAGUGUCCAGCCUGCCCACGGGCACGGGCGCCACCGGCGGCAGCGACGUCCUGUCGCUGUCCUCGUCCAGCCAGGACCAGCCGGCGGCAGACGAGCACCUGGAGGAGUGCCCGCUGUGCCUGCUGAGCCAGCCGCGGCGCCGCUUCCCCACGCUGCUCAGUUGCCCGCAUCGCACCUGCGCCGACUGCCUGCGCCAGUACCUGCGCAUCGAAAUCUCCGAGAGCCGCGUGGGCAUCGCUUGCCCGCAGUGUCCCGAGGCCCUGGCGCCCCUGGAUGUGCGCACCAUCCUGGAUGACCCGGCACUGCUGGAGAGGUUUGAGGAGUACCAUCUGCGGCGCUUCCUGGCCGCUGACCCGGACACGCGCUGGUGUCCCGCACCGGACUGCAGCUACGCGGUGAUCGCAUACGGCUGCGCCGAGUGUCCCAAGCUGAGGUGCGGGCGCGACGGCUGCGACACCGAGUUCUGCUACCACUGUCGCCAGCUGUGGCACCCCAACCAGACCUGCGACCAGGCGCGCCGCCAGCGCGCGCACCAAGGGCUGGGCAGCGAGGACGCUUCUGCGCUCUACGUCUUUAGUGAGGAACCUGGAGGAGAUGGGGAGGAGAUCAAGCCGUGCCCUCGCUGCGGCGCUUACAUCAUGAAGACCAACGACGGCAGCUGUAACCGCAUGAACUGUACGGUGUGCGCUUGUCAGUUCUGCUGGCUGUGCAUGCAAGAGAUCACCGACGUGCACUACCUCAGUCCCUCAGGGUGUACGUUCUGGGGCAAGAAGCCGUGGUCUCAGACACGCAAAGUUCUGUGGCAGGUGGGCAUGUUGCUGGGCGCCCCUGUGGUCAUCUCGCUCAUCGCCGGCCUCGCCAUCCCCGUCAUCAUCGUGGGCAUCCCCAUCUACAUGGGCCGAAAGGUCCACGGCCGUUGUAAGAAAAACAACAUCUCAGGAAGUAAGCACUACUUGACGGUGGCGAGUGGCGUCAUGAUGUCGGUGUUUGUGUCACCCGUCAUCGCGGCUGUCACCGUAGGCGUGGGCGUGCCGCUCAUGUUGACGUACGUGUACGGGGUGGUGCCCAUGUCGCUGUGCAGGAACGGUUGGUGUCGACCGCCCGCCGACGCACCCGACACGCUGGAGGACAUCGCCGGCUAUCUACUUCUCUCUCACAUGGUGAGUGACCACUGGCGGGCUCAGAGCAGCCCGACGCUAGCCGACACCAGCGUGCAGGAGGUCAGCGUGCAGGAAGCGGGCCCCGCACUUCCCGUGCCCCCCACACUCCCCAGCGCCACACCCGGAUCUGUCGCGGCCGAGGAGUCCCCCAAACGCCACGGGUACCCCCGUGAGGCUGGACGAUCGGAGUGCGACGGUGCUUCGAGGGACGGAACCAACAUCGAAGUGCGCGUGGAGAUCGAGAGGCAGCCCAGAGGCGCUCGCCAGUCCAGCCUCAGCAGCGUCCUCUCCAGCCGCAGUUUGUCGACAGAGUCCCUGGGGCGCUCGGCGAGGGCCGAUGGGAACGCUUUCCCCGUCUUUGAAUCGGAAGAUGUAUGACUCCCGCCACGGGAACGACGGACCCCGAUGGCCGACUUCUGCUUCCUUCCCACCAGAUGCCUUUAAGUGUGAGGAAGACACUAAUGAAUGAUAUGUGUGUGUGUGUGUGUGUGUGUGUGUGUGUGUGUGUGUGUGUGUGUGUGUGUGUGUG